AUGUCUAAAGCUGAACACAACCCUGAGAAGUUACAGGAAGUCGACGUGGAGAGCGUUUCCAGUGGCUCUCUUGGUGACGUUUACUCCAACGCAGUUGAAGGAAAGGCCACCAACUUCCAGGCCUAUGUCAACGUUGUCAGUGUACUUGCUGGUGCUGGCACCCUUGGCCUGCCUGCAGCUCUUCGCGACGCAGGAUGGGUCGGUCUGGUCAUCCUGGCCCUCGCCUGUGCUAUGGCCAUCUAUGGCAAUCAGAAGCUGAUUCAGUGCCUUUACUACGACGGUCGUACUCGCCUAAGAGAAUACCCCGAUGUUGCCCAUGCUGCAUUCGGCGUCGUUGGAAGAAUUGUUGUCACCUUCUUCUACAACUCGAUCGCACUCGGAGGUCCCGUGCUGUACCUGAUCUUGACAGGAACCAACAUCCAUGAUCUGGCCUCAUCUGUUGGUAGUACCAUAACAUUGAAGCAAUGGAUUAUGAUCGCGGCUGCAGUCAUGGUUGUACCCAUCGUUCUCACCAAGACUAUGCGUGAGGUCGCUUUCCUCAGUAUCUUUGGCGCCCUUUCAACCGCUAUUGUCGUCGUUAUCGUCACGAUCGCCUCCAUCAUCAAUUCCAAAGACCUUGAUCUGGUUACGAAGCCCAACGGCGCAGUCGAGCCCAUUCACCAUGAAGCCGCCAUCGCUCGCAACUUGCCCCUCGCCCUCGCUACGUUUGCGUUCUCAUACGGCGGCAAUGUCAUCUUCCCACACGUCGAGGAGAGCAUGAAAAAUAAGCGCUCCUGGAACAAGAUCGUUACUUUGGGAAUCAUGACCGUCACCGUCCUUUACAUUAUGUGCUCGACCUCGGGAUACGCUGUCUAUGGUGACAUUGUCAAGUCGCCCAUCUACCUGAAUCUCCCUGGAGGCGCUACCCGCACCAUCUCGACCAUCAUCAUCACGUUGCAUGUCCUCCUGGCCAUCCCCCUUUUCCUCACGACUUUUAAUCUCCAGAUCGAGACGGCUUUGAAGCUGGAGUCGCGUGGGUUCUCUGCAAAGACCGAGUUCGUCUACCGCGCUGUGAUCCGCACUCUGUCUAUGGUCCUGUGUGCAACCAUUGCCCUGUUCUUCCCAUAUUUCGGACAGAUGAUGUCCUUGCUGGGCGCGUUGAGCGAUGGCAUGUUGACGUUUGUCUUCCCGAUCGCUUUCUACUUGAAGCUGUAUGGAUUCAGGAAGGUCCACAAGUUGGAACUCGUAGUCAUGAUCUUGGUGGUCGUCAUCGGCACAGCCACUUCUGUCAUUGGAACCAUCGAUGCGGUCAAGGAGCUGGCCAAGGCUUUCCACGGUGAACUGGACUAA